AGGAGGAGGCUGCGAGGAAGAGGAAGAUGCCCCGGGACCCCCAGGCAGGCCCCGAGCUGAGGACGGAGAGCACGGAGGACAAAUCCCCCCGGCAGAGCCUGGUGGGAGAGGCCGUUUUGAAGGGCUCCACGGUGCAGGAAGGCAGUGGGGAGGGAAAGCCACGAAGGUCCCCCAGGAGGAGGGUCUCCAAAGCCAGCCCAGGGUGCUCUGAGGAGGAAAGAGCCAGCCUGUGCCGGGAAGGUGACAAGAGCUUGAGCCAGAGCUCCAAACUGGUGGUGCCUGAGCAGCCUCCCAGCAGGGAGAAGCCCUUUAAGUGCUUGGAAUGUGGGAAGACCUUCAGCAAGAGAGACCACCUGAUCCGCCACCAGCACACCCAAACUGGGGAAUGGCGCUACAAGUGUGGGGAAUGUGGGAAGAACUUCAGGGACAGCACCGACCUGAUCCGACACCAGCACAUUCACACUGGGGAGCGACCCUACAUGUGUAGGGAAUGUGGGAAGAGCUUCAGGAUCAAUUCCCACCUCCAUGCCCACCAACUCAUCCACACCGGGGAACGACCCUACAAGUGCUUGGAAUGUGGGAAAAGGUUUCAGACCAGCUCAGAUGUCCUCAGGCAUGAGCGGACACACACGGAUGAGAGGCCCUUCCACUGCACUGACUGCGGGAAGAGCUUCAACCGCAACUCCACCCUCGUCAGGCACCGGCGCAUCCACAGCGGGGAGAGGCCCUACGAGUGUGAGGAGUGUGGGAAGAGCUUCACCAGGAGCUCUACCUUGACCUCACAUCAACGGACCCACCAGUAAGGGAAGCUCUACCACUGCCCUGACUGCGGGAAGAGCUUCGACCGUUGCUUCCACCCCGAAUGAACCCCCUGAUGGUGAGGCAGCCCCUGGAGUCCAGUGACUGUCAGUCCAUCCCUUUUGACCACAAAGGGCCAGUCCCCUUUCUUAGGGGCAGGUUCUUCCAACAGAACCCUUCCUGUGGGGGUGUGUGGAGAUUCCUGCCUUGGCUGGGGACCCCCCCAAGGUCACUCCUAGAGGUUGAGAGCAGAGAUCUCCCCACGAGCGUUGGUCUGGGGUAGUUCCAUACAUGUGUAAUUAAUAAUUGCUUUUGUAUCAGCUUUAGUACAAUUGCUUCAGCUGUUGCUUUAGUGUAGAGCACUGUCUUAUCUCAUCCUGUACUCCUGGUAGUUUUAGUGUUUCUAUUGUGCAGUAAAUAAUUCUGAUGAAGAUCUUUUGUCUGAUCAUUUGUAACCCUAAAUAAUUCAUUUCUAUCAAUAGAUCUGAUUUGCCAUCAUUAAAACCUGGGGAACAAAA